AUGGCGUUAGUCUUGCGGCGAAUUUAUGAUGUGUACCAGGAGUUCCUAGUGGAUCGUCGGGAUCAACGUAGCGCCCAUCUACCGCUGGCCGGCAACCCAUGGCCAAUGACACUCGUGCUAGCCGUCUAUCUGUAUGUAGUGCUGAACGCCGGACCACGGUUCAUGGCGCACAGAAAACCGUACGACCUGCGGAUAGUGAUGCGGGUGUACAAUCUGGUGCAAGUGUUGCUCAAUACGGUGUUAUUCUUGUGGAUUGUCAUAAAAACGUUUGUCGUGUACGGUGACUACAACUUCUCCUGCCAGCUGUGCAACUAUACGAGCGAUUUCCGCGGCAUGGAGGAAAUGUAUCUGAGCUACAGCUACUUCAUGCUGAAGGUCCUCGAUCUGGCCGAUACCGUGUUCUUCGUGCUGCGGAAGAAACAGUCGCAUGUGUCGUUCCUACACGUGUACCACCACACGCUGAUGGCGAUCGGGUCGUACUUCGGAUUGCUGUUCGUACCCGGAGGCCACGCUGUAAUGCUGGGCGUGUGGAACACGCUCGUCCACGCGGUCAUGUAUUUCUACUACUUCCUCUCGUCCUACGGUUCGCAAUACAGCGGCUGGUGGAAGCACUACCUGACGCGGAUGCAACUGCUACAGUUCAUGCACCUGGCGGUCCACUUUGGGGUGCCACUGUUCUUCAACCGCAGCUGCCAGUUUCCGCGCAUCUGGAUGGGCAUCGGAUUUCUGCAGGCACUCCUCAUCCUGGGACUCUUCACCGACUUCUACAUCAAGUCGUACGUGGUCAAGCGGAAAAGCGUGUAA